AUGGAUCAUCUUCCUUAUCCAGGAUCUGCGAAUGGCAGGAAGAAAACAGUUGUGCCAUAUGUCUGUCAGGAAGACUAUGACGGUGGAGAUUUCAUGACUUAUCCUAGUAGGAGAAGGGGUAGCUUGCCAAAUCUUCACACAGUUGGCCCUUUUCCGGGCCAGCUACUAGACUCUCACCAAAUGCAACUGGCCUCGCUAUCGAAACAGGAGAUUGGAUCCUUCUAUCAAACCUGGCUUUUCUUCGGGUUGAUCCAUGAGAUAUUGGGCAGCUUCUACGUACCCGAAGAUCUCAUCUACACGUGCGAGGACCAACAUGGUCACACCAAGGCGGUUUCCACGUCAAUGCUCGCCCCUGCUCUCGACGAGUGGGUUGCUCGUGUUCAGGCCGGCAGGGUAGACCCAUCAGUAACAUACGCGCAUGUUGCCCAAUGUUUAUGCCUGACUCACGCCGCGCUGUCAAUUCAGGCGUUCCGCUCCCAUUUCGAUCCAAACAUCAAGCUCUCCCUUGCCUCGUUAGGCCAGACUUUCACGUACGCUGCGAACAAAGCGUUCAAUAUUACAGACAUAGUCAAGAACAACAAGUGUCCUUCAACAUGGCGCCGGCUGAUCGACGAUGAUUACUGGAAUGGACGCUUACUAGCACAUGGAUGGUGCGUGACUGAGGUAAAGCUUAUCUUGGAUACUACGUUGUCCUUGCAAACACUACACUUUCUCGCCUGCCUUGAUAAAACCAAUUCGGAGCACAGCCACCAAGGAUGUGAUACACGGCAAUGUACGGCCUACCAGAAUGACCUGGAAGGAUAUCAGACACGACACAUUAGCAAAGAAUGUGAUUGCGAGGAACUGUCAAUAGAUGCGGAAGCUUUAUACGAUAUUUUGAAGACCAAAGCUCUCCCUUUGAUCCGGGUGAGGCCGAGCCAAACGCUGGGAGAGCUCUCCAUUGACCUUGUUGCGUCACAACCAACGUCUCGUUAUGUGGCAUUAUCCCAUGUCUGGGCUGAUGGGCUUGGGAACCCUGAUGCCAACGCGUUGCCUCGUUGCCAGCUAUCCAAUCUAAGAAAGCUUGUCCAAGAAUUAGAUAUAGCAGCCCAUUCUCGAGAUACCCGAGACCAUCGCGCCAAAGUAAAAGAUGCGGAAGAAGAACACGAGGAAGAAGAAGAACUUCUCUUGUGGUGCGACACGCUCUGCUGCCCGGUCCAGCCGAAAAAAGCCAAACAUUUGGCCUUGGAGUAUAUGUACCGGACUUAUCGAAACGCAACGCAUGUUCUCGUUUUGGAUGCAUCCCUCAUGCAAUAUAAUGUCGAGAGCUUAGACAUAGAUGAAGUGAGCAUGAGAAUACUUACCUCACCAUGGAUGCGUCGACUCUGGACAUUGCAAGAAGGAGCCUUGCCCGCAGUGACCAACCGGCUCUGGUUCCAACUGACCCACACAGCUCUCAACCUUCGCGAAUUUCGAAUGAACGCACACGAAAAGUACUUCUCGAGCAUAAGCCGAAGCGGUCUCGCGGGCGAUAUACUCAAACGAAUGGGCAGCUUCGCCAAUAUUUUCGUAAAGGACAAUUCCGAGCGUCCUGGAGCCGAUCUCGGGAAGGUGAUCGAGGCUCUACACCACCGCUCAGUCAGCGUACCUUCAGACGAGCCUCUGCUGAUCGGAAACUUACUCGGCAUUGACUCAGCCCCAAUCCUCAAUGGCGGUGACGCCGCAGAUGCGUUACGCAUAAAUCGGCUUUGGCGAAUGAUACCUUCAACAAGGCAUAGGAUACCAAGCAAUCUCUUAUUCCGUAUAGGACCAAGACUGGCGGAGCCUGGACUCAAAUGGGCUCCUGCCACAUUGCUGAUUGACAAUGAUGCCAACAUAGGCAUCCAAUCGAGCGAAAGCGAGAACGAACAAGGCAUCUUGACCGCUUCGGACGGUCUCCUCGUCCGCCUUCACGGCUUUCGCUUAUCAUUAGCCUCACGUGCCAAGGGCCUGCCAUCUCGUCGCAAAGGUACCUCGCAGCUGAUGAAACCGAACACGCUAUUCAUGAAAGACGAUUCCGGGUCAUGGUAUCUCAUGCGUCGCAACCUCCCGGUUGAGCAAGACAGAUUUCUGACGGACAAGACGCUGGCCGAAAUAGUAGAGGAAGGUAGAAAUUUAUGGGUUAUAUAUCCAGAUUCUCAGUUCCCACGGCCACCGGGCAGCAAAGCCCAAGUAUCGGUCGGACUCAUCGUUGAAGUCGAACCCGAAGAAGGAGCAGAAGCUGGAGCUGAAGCAGAAGAUGAAGAAACCGCAGUCAAAAAAACCCAUGCAAAGCUCCACAUCAACAUCGUCCCCUUAAAGACAUCAACGCAGGCCUGGUUCGCGGUCGCCGCUGCCUUUUCCGCCCAACUCGCCUCUGAUUCUGUCGCCUUGCGGAACCUAGCUGCCAUAGAGAAUGGUCUCGAUGAGCAUUCAUCAUUAUCAUCGUCAUUCUUAUCCCAAACAACAGCGCUCGAGGAACUUGCAUCAGAGAUCCAUCAAAUGGCCACGAACGAGGAGGCUAAAGAGGCCAUUGAGGCUGCUGGAAACCAAUUCGAUAUUUUACUGACGGAGGACCUUAUUACGAUGAUGAUUUGGGGUCACUAUGUGUGUAUGAGGGAGACGGUGCCAAGGACUCAGCGAUGGUGUGUCGAUUGA